GCGCGAAAGCACUUGCCUAACCACAAGCAAGGGAAUAACCAUGCAUCAUCACUCUUUAGUGUUUUCUCCAUUAUUCAGGCGAAGAAGCUCAAGCUACCAGUUCUCACUACUAACCUUGCCAUUGCCCUGCGCCACUCCACUUCAGUGAUAUGGAGAUGCAUCAUCUCCACCUCCAUGUCCUGGCGAUCCUUCUACUUAUCUCAGCGCGCCCAUCCUCCGUCGCCGGUGGGCUCUGCCGCGACAGCUGCGGCGACGUCCCGGUGCGCUACCCGCUGGGCAUCGACGACGGGUGCGGCAGCCCGUACUACCGCAGCAUGCUCACCUGCACCGACAACACCACGCUCCGCCUCCGCACCCCGUCCGGCACGUACCCGGUCUCCGGCGCCGACUACGCGGACCCGCACCUCGUGGUCACCGACCCGUCCAUGUGGACGUGCGCGCGGCCCUUCACCUCCGUCCACGCCGCGCCAUUCAGCCUGGACACCAGCACCCGCUUCACGCUGUCCCCGAGGAACGACCACCUCUUCUUCAACUGCGACGAGGACCGCGUCAUCGUGGCGCCCCGGCCGGCGGUCUGCGACCGGUACCCGGACCGCUGCGACUCCGCGUGCGACAACGCCGGCUACCUGUGCCGGAACCUGCCGGGCUGCCGCGACGCGCUGGACGAAGGGAACAUGACCUGCUGCACCUACCAGCCCCGCGCCGCGGAGUCGCUCCGGACGAUGAUGCGGCACUGCGAGGCGUACACCAGCGUGUACUGGCGCGCCGUCGGGGACAAGUUCCCGCCCUACGACCAGGUGCCGGACUACGGCGUCCGGGUGGACUUCGAGAUCCCCGUCACCACGCGCUGCCUGCAGUGCCAGGACCGGCGCCGCGGCGCCAACGGCACCUGCGGCUUCGACCCGCUCACCAGGGACUUCGUCUGCAUCUGCGGCGAUGGCCGGAACUCCACCACCGACUGUGCAGAUGUUGGCGGAUCAGGGCAUGGGGCAUCAGCCGGGGUUGUAGCUGCGAGCGUCGUGUUCUCGAUCUCGGCAGCGAUCGGCAUCGGGGGGCUCGUGAUGUACAUUCGCAAGAUGAGGUCCAACAAAGUGGUCACCUGCGGCGUCCAGAGUAACGAAAAUAGAUUCUUCUAAGCCGGCUGCAAAGUAUUCCUGUGGGCACCCUUUGCGUGAGCGAUGCAAAGAAGAAAGAAGGGUACUAUUUCCCCACGCCAAUUUGAGCCAAGUUUUGGUUACUUAUGUUAUGUGAGGUAUAUACAACAUGAAGCCGUGGGAUAUUUUCGAUGUACUCUAUAGUACAUUUUGGGGUAGAUUUAUUAUGCAUAUAUGAUGGGCAUGUUGACCAUA